AAAUUAAUUAAUGUCUGAUAUAUCAUCAAUUAUAAGUGGUGUGCAAAGUGAAGAAGAAGAGUAAGGAGUAAAUUAGAAAUAUCUUAGUCAGAAUAAAAAGGAAAGAAUAAAUGCAUUUGCACAAGAGAAAUGUAAAAAAGAUAGUUUAAUGUUAUAGAGAAUUGGGGAAAGAAUAAAGCAAAAUAUUAUAAGGAAGAUGCUGAGUCAGGAGAUUCAGAUGCUGAAUUAGAAGAAGAAAUGGAAGCAAAAGCAUUGUAAUUAUAAGCAGCAAAGAAGAUUAAGGAUGCUGAUAUAUGGGAUGUGUAAGUAGAUGAAGUAGAGUAGGAAAUAGAAUAGAAAAAGAGUAAAUAAUCAAGUGAGUAUAAUUUGAUUGGAUUACAAUGUUUAAGUGAGGAAAUUGGUAUAGAACCUGAAAUAAUAGAAAAGAUGGAUAUAAAAGAAUUAAAUAGUGUAAUAUUAAAAGGUUGGCCUGAAUUGAAAGGGAUUUUAAAAGAAGUUAUAAAGGUUGGAAAGGAGAUGAAAAUAUUAAAGAGGAAUUGUAAAAAGGAAUAAGGAAUAGAGAUAAAAAAAUAUUAAACAAUUAGAAUUGAGUUAAUGUAAAGUUAUUUUGGUUUAUUAUGGUUUUAUUUACAUUUAAGAGCAAGAACAAGAUUAAGUUAAAAUCAUCCAAUUUUUAAAAAGAUUAAUGAUAUAAAAGAAUUAAUAGAGGAGAGUGAGAAUUAUGAGAAAUAUGCUUAAUUAAUAUAGAUGAAUGUAGAUUAGAAAUAAAAGGUUGAGUCUGAAAAAAAGAAGGAGGUUAAGAGAAAAGAAGAAAAUAAGAAAUAAGAAGAAGGAUAAGAUACUUUAAGUUUAAAAAGAAAAUUAAAGACUAUUUAUAAUAAUAAUAAUAGAGAAGAUGUAGAUGAGAAAAAGAUUUCAAAAAUAAAGAAAUUAUUAGAAGAUGUUGAUAAAAGUCAUUAGAAAAAUUAAAAUAAGGAUAUUAUAGAUACUGGAGAAUCAAAAAUAUCAGUAAAUUCAGAAGACAUGUUAGAUGCAAUGAAUGAUGUAGAUGAUUAAUUGAAUGAAGGAGGAAUUGAUGAAAUAUAUUAAGAAAAUUUAAAUAGGAUUAAGGAUAAAAAGAAAUAAAAGAAAGAUGAAAAGAAAGUAGAGAGAUUGGAGAAUUUCUAGAAAUUAAAUAAAUUAUAAAAAUUACAUUAGGUUGGUGAAGAUGAUCCUAGAAAAAUUACUUAUGUUAUGUUGAAAGUAUUUAUUUUUUGUUUAAUCUUAGAAUAUUUCAUUGAUGAGAAGAAGAAGAGGAAAUAGAAUUAAGAAUUCAAGAGUUAAACAUAAGUUGAAGUAUGAAAAAGCACUCUACAAAUUAAAGAGUUAGAAUAAAUAUAUUAAGAAGUAAUUCUGACAAUUUAUGUAGUCCUGUUAUUUCUAAUUAUGUUGGAGAAGGAGCUAUUAAAUCUGGAAUUGUUAAAGGUGUAAAAUUGUAGUGAUCAAUUUUUGUACAUAGAAGAGUAAC